UUGCCAUUCUUGUUGUCUUCCUCCUGCCAGAGAGAAGGGAACCGCGUCAGUCGCUGGUUGACUUCGCCGCCAUUGCGUCCCGGCUCAUCGGGGACAUGUCGAGGCUUCGAGGGACAAUGCGGACGACGACGCGGACGACGACGACGACGAGAUCUGCUUCGAGAUCCCUCCGGAGCGCCGCGGGACCGUUACGCCCGUGAGGAAGUUCAGCCUUGCAGACAGAGCACCGAGAACCAUCCUUGUACCAGGAGGCACGACAAUGAAGCUGUUGGAAAACUCCAGUUUUGAAGCCAUAAACUCCCAGCUGACAGUGGAGACAGGAGAUGCACACAUCAUUGGCAGGAUCGAGAGCUACUCUUGCAAGAUGGCGGGGGACGACAAGCACCUCUUCAAGCAGUUCUGCCAGGAGGGCCAGCCCCACGUCCUGGAGGCACUAUCUCCGCCUCAGACCACCGGCAUCAGCCCAAGCAGGCUCAGCAAGAGCCAGAGCGGCGACGAGGAGGGGCCCCUGAGUGACAAGUGCAGCCGCAAGACCCUCUUCUACCUGAUCGCCACCCUCAACGAGUCCUUCCGCCCCGACUACGACUUCAGUGCGGCCAAGAGCCACGAGUUCAGCCGAGAGCCCAGCCUCAACUGGGUGGUGAAUGCUGUCAACUGCAGCCUCUUCUCUGCUGUGCGGGAGGAUUUCAAUGCCCUGAAGCCUCACUUGUGGGACGCGGUGGACCAAGAGAUCUGCCUCUCUGAGUGCGACAUUUACAGCUACAACCCAGACCUGGAUUCGGACCCCUUUGGAGAGGAAGGCAGCUUGUGGUCCUUCAACUACUUCUUCUACAACAAGCGCUUGAAACGGAUUGUCUUCUUCACUUGUCGCUCCAUCAGUGGCUCCACUUACCCUCAUUCUGAGGCCGGGAAUGAGCUGAACAUGGACCUGAGUGAGGACGAUGCGGAGGAGACGACGGAUGCCUUUGACAAGGACGGAGGCAGCAUUGAGGAGGAGAGGACGCAGGUGAUCUGCAUGUGACUCUGCAGCCCAUGCUCCCCUCUUCUCAAGGAUGAUGGCUCCUCCGGCGCGCUUCCCAAACCCCCCCAGCGCCACGUUGCUCCGGCCACUUUUCCCGCCCGCCCUGCGGAUGCUGCGGAUGCUGGGGAUCCGGCUCCCUCCGCAGCGCGAGAGACGUUGACCUCCCUCCCCGCCCGGGACAGGACCCUCCCGAAGCACUUUCUGACCCACGUGGGCAGCGCAGGAAACUGUUUGGGACCCCGAACCCCCCGCUGCCGCCUCUGCCUGUGUUUGGGGCUCCAGCUCUCCCCAGGAUGGACUGACCGACCGGAUAGCCAGCCCUGGGAUGCGUCCACCCCUUUCAAGCCUCUGUCCGGCUCCUCCUUGCUCCGCAGUUGCAUUGGCUGCAAUUCCUCCUGGCAACAUUACAUUUCGUGAUGCUGCCGUAUUGUAGAAGAUGGACUACAGUCAGAAGCCGGGGCCGGAGAACUGAGGAAGGUGGACCCUUGGCUGCCCCUCGUCCUGUCCUUGCCUCUUUCUUCAGCCUCCAAAGACACUCUCCGUGGUGUGCUGGGUUGGGAGCCUGCUUCCUGGCUUUGCCCAAGGGCUCCUAGAGUUCUAUUUUUGUAUCCACGGCCCAGUGAGGGCUGCUUUUCUCCGUUGUUUCUGUUGUUUGUGCAGCGGGCCCUCCUUCUCCCGGCCGGAUUUCGCGACCUCCUUGCCCAGCGGAUAGGAUCCCUUGCCCACAUUGGUGCUGGCGCAGGAGGAGGCUUCUCCGAUGCCCGGGGCCUCAUCCGUCCCUCGUUCUCUCCCUCCAUCCAUUCGUUCUUUUGCACUGACUCCGAUGCCCUUUGGCCUGUCCAUUUGUGAUUGCCGGAGAGAGCAGUGGCUGUGUGUCCAUCCAAAACCGUGGCGAAGGAGACCUCCUUGCCAACACCAUCGCUGCACUUGCCUCUGUUCCCACUGUGGCAAGGCUUCCUGCAAUGGCAGCAGGCGUUGCAACCUCUCUUUCGGGUGGGACGAGGCUUGUUUUUGCAAAGGCUGACCCUUACGGGUGGGAAGCAGCCCAUCGGUUUCCUCCCUCCAGUGUCCGGAGUGGGGCAGAAGGGCAACCACAGACUCAGGUGGAGGCUCUGCUCCAGAUCCCAUCAUCCACUCGGAUGCUGCAGCCUCCACCAAACUCCUCCUCGUGUGUAACUCCUUCCCAGAAUGACGCCUGGCCAGGAAAGGCCACAAAAAGAAGGAAUCUGAGUUUGCUCCCCGUUUUGGCCACCCACGUUCUUUAGCCUCCCCCUGCGUCCAGGCCCCAGGGGCCACGGAACAAGCAGACUCCACCCCGAACCCCAUCAUCGCUGCCGUGGCUUCCCUCCUCCUGUGUUUAACUAUGUUGGCUAGUGUUUUGUUGUUGUGGCUAUAAAGGUUUUUUUCUCUCUGA